AACAGCUCGCGCAGCACCACGACGACAACGAGGCAUUGCGGCCACACAUUACACACACGCCUUCCUCCACGCACACGACUGGAAGGGCCGCCAUCGCCAUGAGCUCCAAGAAGCAAGUCCUGAGCCUUUACAGGCAGUCGCUGAAGCUUGCGCUCGACUGGAGCGUCCACCGAUACCUCUGGCGUGGCCAGGCAGUCUACCUCCGCGGUCUUUUCGAGGCGAACAGAAAUGUCACAGAGCCGCGACAGCAGAGGGCACUAAUCACUGAGACCGAGAACCUGCUCGAGAAGUGGAAGCACCCCGACCCAUACCGCCCACCCACGGCCCCAGGAGGCUCGAAGUACGAGCGCAACCUCCCUGUCCCGAUCCUGGAUCCUCCACCGAAAUGGAUGAACCCGUAAGCGGGUGGGGAUGGCUGAUCAGGGGAGGAGCAUUUGUAGCUUUGUAGGUGUACAUAUCACACAUUUAUGCGAUUGCGCAAGGGCGCAGAGACUGUCAGAGCACUUCAAUCUUCAAUGUUCAGCUGCUCGAGAGACCGCCAGUGAGUGAUGUCGUAGCGGGCCGUAGUGCACCAACAAGGCUGCUAAUAUCACAUCUAUGUACUCUUCAAUCAUCAGUGC